AUGGUUACGUAUUCCAAACUACAGAAUGUCACAAAUAUCAUGAUUUUCAAUUUAGCCCUUGCUGAUCUAAUCGUUGGUAUAGUUAUUAUCCCUGCUGUACUUUCAAGUACCAUCAUAGGCGAAUGGAUUGGCGAUGCUACUUCGUGUAAAGUUAUUGGUAUCUUAAAUGCUUCCAUUCUAGUCGUAUCGGUUUGGAUGUUAGUGGUCAUUAGUAUUAUACGCUAUGUCUUAGUUGCUUUUCCACAUCGUAGCCAUACCUUAUUAACCAAACGAAAAGCUUACGCGGUUGUAGUCUUAUUGUGGAUUUGGUCAUUUGUUAGUGCAGCAACAGCUGAAUUAUGGUCGCCCUAUUACUAUCAUCCACAAAUUUUCGAUUGCUGGUUUGAUUAUUCUAUACCAUUUAAGCACCAAUUUUUAAUGAUCUUAAUUAAUAUUCUCUUACCUCUAUCGAUUAUGAUUUUUGCUUAUAUUAAAAUUUACUUAAUUCUACGAAAGCAAUAUCGCAAUGCACUUGGUAAUCGAUUGCCUUUAGCCCGCUUGAAAGACGAUGCCAAAGUAACCCGUAUGAUGUUUAUUGUCCUGCUGGCAUUUUUGUUAGCUUGGUCUCCUGGUGCUUUCAUUUUACAAUUUUUUUUUUUUAUCCAACCGGUAUCACCAUUUAUCCUUAAUUUAGUCUUUAUAGUCGGCUAUAGCAACAGUGCUAUUAACUGUUUCAUUUAUGGUUUUCUAAAUAAGACAUUUCGGCAUAGUUUUGAAAGAAUUUUGACGUGUCAUAAGUGUCGAAAAAGUACUAAUUCGUCGUUUUAG